AUGGAGGAGAAGAAGGCGGCUGCGUCCCCGCACCCGGUUCUGAAGGCUGCUCUGGAGGGCAACCUCUGUCUCCUCAAAGAGCUGGCUCCCGUCGUGGCGGACGAGUGCAUCUGGAUCCGCGCCCUGUGCGUGGCGGUCAUGGAGGGCCGGCUGGACAUCUGUGCCUACCUCGUCGAGGACCUCCGCGUCGACGUCAACCAGCCCAACGACCUAGGUGAAACCGCGCUGUUCAUCUCUGCAACUUUCGGGACGGUUGCUGCAGCAAGGUAUCUUCUUGAUCGUGGCGCUGAUCCGAUGAUACCCGGCAGGUUGGGGUCGCCUCUCCAUACUGCAACAAUGAAUGGAAAUUGUGAAAUAGUAGAAUUGCUACUUUCAAGGGGAGCCGAUGUGGAUGUUUUCGAUUCUAAGCACGGGACCCCGUUGCAUGCGGCCACUAAUCUCAGUGAAGUUGGCCCAAUGAAGGUUUUGUUGGAGCACCAUGCAGAUCCUAAUAAGGUUUUGAACCUUCAUAGUACCCCACUGAGUAUGGCCAUACAAAGAGAAUCGUUGGAAUGCGUUAAGUUACUCAUUGAGGCUGGUGCUGAUGUGAAUAAGACUAACUAUAUCGGUGUUACUCAAUUGAUGGUGGCAGCGAACAAUGGCUUACCUGAUAUCAUGAGGUGCUUACUAGAUGCUGGUGCUAACCCCAACAUUGGAGAUUCAUUCGGUACGACUCCAAUUGAAAUUGCUGCCCUAAAAGGCAGAAGGAGUAUGGUUGAAAUAUUAUUUCCUUUAACUUCUCUGAUUUCAACAUUGCCAGAUUGGAGUAUUGAUGGUAUCAUGUCUCAUGUGAAAUCUUUUGGUUUGAAGCCAAGGGAUAAAUAUAAGUGUGAAAAGAGAAGAGCUGAGCUGAAAUUACAAGCUACAGAGGCUUUUAAUAGGAAGGAAUAUCUGAUAGCAGGAAAACUAUAUACUUGUGCAAUGAAAUUCGAUCCUAGUCCAAAAGAUCUUGCAAUCCUGCUAGCAAAUAGGAGCUUCUGCUUGUUGCGCCUGGGAAGAGGAAAAGAUGCUCUCUCUGAUGCUGAUGCGUGCACAAUGGUGAGACCUCGUUGGCCCAAAGGCUACUACCGAAAAGGCGCGGCUUUAAUGUUGCAGGAGGACUAUGAAAAGGCAUCCGAGGCUUUUGAAGAUGGCUUGAAGCUGGAUCCUACAAAUGUUGAUAUUGCAAAUUGGUAG